AUGCUUUCCCUUUGGUUGUUCUUGCUCCCUUGCCUGAGCCUUGUGCCUCUGGCCUCGGCCAAGAAAGGUCUGGAGUUCCCACAGUAUGAUGGGAAAGACCGCGUCCUAGACAUCAAUGACAAGAACUACAAGAAAGCCUUGACGAAGUACAGCAUGCUGUGCCUGUACUAUCAUGAGCCCAUACCAGAGAACAAGGAUCUUCAAAAACAACACCAGAUGACUGAGUUGGUGCUGGAGCUUGUAGCUCAGGUUCUGGAAGAGAAGGACAUUGGUUUUGGAAUGGUUGAUGCCCACAAAGAUGCAAAGGUGGCAAAGAAACUGGGUUUGGAAGAGGAAGGCAGCAUAUAUGUUUUUAAAGCCGACCGAGUGAUUGAGUUUGAUGGCCUGCUGUCUGCUAACACCCUGGUGGAGUUUUUGUUGGAUCUUCUGGAGGAGCCAGUGGAGGUGAUAGGAAAUGCUUUGGAGCUGAGAGCCUUCGACAGGAUGGAGGAAGACAUCCGCCUCAUUGGUUACUUUAAGAGUGAAGACUCUGACCAUUAUGAAGCAUUUAAAGAAGCUGCAGAGCAAUUUCAGCCCUACGUUAAGUUCUUUGCCACUUUUGAGAAAUCUGUGGCCAAGGAGCUGACUCUGAAGUUGAAUGAGGUGGAUUUCUAUGAGCCCUUCAUGGAGGAACCGGUCACCAUUCCAGGCAAGGGUCACUCUGAGGAGGAUCUGGUGGCAUUUGUGAAUGAACACAGACGACCAACUCUGAGAAAGCUGCGUGCAGAAGAUAUGUUUGAGACCUGGGAGGAUGAUAUUGAGGGCAUCCACAUUGUAGCUUUUGCAGAGGAGGAGGAUCCUGAUGGCUAUGAGUUUUUGGAGAUCCUGAAAGAAGUGGCUAGGGACAACACUCACCUACCUGACCUCAGCAUCAUCUGGAUUGACCCUGAUGACUUUCCCCUGCUGAUCCCCUACUGGGAGAAGACCUUCAAUUUGGACCUGUUUAGACCACAGAUCGGGGUAGUCAAUGUUACAGAUGCCGACAGCGUGUGGAUGGACAUGGAAAAUGAAGAGGAUCUGCCCAGCGCCCAGGAGCUGGAGGACUGGAUCGAAGAUGUUCUCUCUGGCAAAAUCAACACUGAGGAUGAUGAUGAUGAUGACGACGACGAUGAUGAUGACGAUGACGACGACGAUGAAUAAUUUAUGAACAAGAAAUCGCCACAAGCUUAAGACAACUGUAAAGUACAUUUUUACAAAACUUAUACUGAAUUGCUAAAAAUGAUACUAAUAAUAAGUCUAUUUAAUAUCCAAAGUUUUCAU